GUCUUUUUUUUUGCAAUAUUAUGAUUUUGAUGUCGAGUCAAAGUACACAUCCGGUGUUCCUUUACAUAGAAUAGAAUUUCAAUUUUUCCAAUUUCCGACUGCGUAUUCCUAACGUAAAUUCGAUUAUUUAGUUGGAAAAUGAAGGGCAUAGUAGUGCAUUGCUCGUUAUAUUAAUAAUGGUGAACGGUGAUAUAAAUUUGACAGACAAUUCUCCGUACUCCUGUUAAUGUAUGACAUAUCUGUCAAGUGAUUUAAAGCCUCUGUGUGACUUGAAAACGCUAUGAUGCAAUUCAUGUUACUGUUCAGCCGGCAAGGAAAAUUGCGUUUACAAAAAUGGUACGUCGCACAUCCGGAUAAAACCAAGAAAAAGAUUACCAGAGAUCUCAUCACUACUAUUUUAGCAAGAAAACCAAAAAUGUGUAGUUUUUUAGAAUGGAAAGACUUGAAAAUUGUGUAUAAAAGAUACGCCAGUUUGUACUUCUGUUGCGCGAUAGAACAAAGUGAUAAUGAACUGUUGACGCUGGAAAUAAUUCACAGAUACGUGGAAUUAUUGGAUAAAUAUUUUGGAAGCGUUUGUGAACUUGACAUAAUUUUCAAUUUCGAGAAAGCUUAUUUCAUAUUGGAUGAGUUAUUAUUGGGCGGCGAAGUACAAGAGACUAGUAAAAAGAACGUUUUGAAAGCUGUUGCAGCGCAAGAUUUAUUGCAAGAGGAUGAAGCGGUGGAGGGUACUUUGAAGGAAAUUGGGUUGCUUUAACUAGCGCAUACCAAACAUUGGCUCCAAUUGUUUCAUUUACCAAUAUCCACUAGUGCAGAUCCAUCUGCGAUUUUUGAGUGUUAAACGUUUUUUAUUCAUGAGACCAAAGUUUCAAGAAGACAAAUUCACGCUAUAUCGUUUGUCGUGGUGAUACUUCCAGUAAUGGCUAUUUCGCAAAGUGCCAGUCGUGCUUUUAAUCACCAUUUUUUGGAAUCACAACUUUAUCAAAAUAAAAUCAAAGAUGAUUAUACCUACGUAAAGUAUUCCUUAAUUGAAACUUUUCAAUUCUUCGAAGUACGUAAACGGGAAACGAAACGCACAUAAUUUUAUUAAAAUUGAUCCGCUAUCGCGUAAUUAUUGCAUUUUAUCAAAGUUACACUCGGUGAUUUAGUCAUUACUGGAAUUAAAUGGUGUUUAAAAAUAGUCAAUAUAGCGUAAAAAACUUGAUUUUAAAAUUAUUUUGUGUAAAUUAUAUUUUUUGUAUUUUUUUCUACAUGUUUGUUGCAUUUAAUGCCAUAUUAUUUUGAUAAUGCGUAAAUUAGAUGCUGUUUUUUUGAAAAAUGGCUGAAUUUAUUUAAAAUAGGUAAUUGUUUUCCAAUAUACACACUAAUUUUUUUAUAUUCCGGUAGUUAAUUCAUUUCAUAAAAGUAUAAAUAUUUUUUUCGUGCAAGUUACGUUAGGAAAUUCAGUGGCGCUUUUAAAAAAAAAAUGCAAAGUUCAAAAUUGUUAUACUUCACGUAGAAAAUGGGAGAAAAAUUAAAAGUAGCAGCAUAAGCGAAUCAUUCGGUAUCAUUCAUUUUUUCGCUUUACUUUGCUUUAAAUUCAUAAAUGAUUGCUUUUUUAGAUCACUAUUUCGAAAUAAUUAUGUAAAUAGAUAUCCUUAUUAUGUACCAGAAUAGAUUUUUUCAUCUUACACAUAAUUUAAUGUAGCCUAGCGGUGUUUAUUCAGGUGUAUUCUUCAUAAAUCGAUUCCAUUAUUUCUUGGGUAUUUUUUGAUCACCGUAGUUUUUUCUCUUCUUAGCGUUGUAGUAUUGAUUAAAAAAAAUGUACAUUCACUUUUUCACCUGUUGUAUCGUUGAUGUUUGUGCUCAUGAAUCUCAAGACUGAAAGAUAAUUGUAAAAGCCACUGAAAUUUCGUUACUUCUAUUUAAAUAAUCAAAAGUACAAAUUUAGUGAUAUUCUAUGAUGUUGAACUCAAUGUACGUAUGUAAUUUAUGUGAACAUUGUAUUAUACUUACUUAUGUAAAAUUCAAUUGUGUACGUAAAGCUCUGCCAAUAAAUAUUUGCAAAAGUACUCAUUGUAUUUUCUACAUGUUGUUUUUCAAAUGUUUUCUUUUGUAUUUGUGUUUGUCAUGGUGAAUGGGUAUUGUAUGUAAUAACAAUGUUUUGCAUGAACGAAAGUGGUGUUGUGUUAUGGUUUUUGGUAAAGCUUGACACGUGCGAACAUUGCGGGGACAUAUUCGAAUCUGGUCCGGAGAUAAAGUUUUCAAGUUUAACUCGAGGUAAUUUUAUAAAAUCAUUUGAGAGUACUUCACUUUCGAUAAUAUUGACCUGCUCGUAGCGUAUGUAACUUGGUGCUAUAAAAAUUAUUAAUCAACAUUAUUCGUAAAUUAAACGAAGUAUAUUUCUACCUAUCACCUAACACUUCUGGAAUCACCUUCGUGGAUUUAUUUCACCUAGAUUAGAGUGAAAUUUUGAUUAGGUUAAUUGGUAAAAAUGCGAACAAUCUAUUUCAAAAAUAACUUUUUGAAGCGAUUCUUUAGCAAUACGUGUGUAAUAAU